AAGCCGGGUUCAGUAUGUUUCGGGCCGCGUAGGGUUUGGAUCGUCGCUGAACGCUCAUUUUCGUAAGCCCUUAGUUUCACGUGGUCAUUGAGAAUUUCGAACAAAAAAAAAACUGAUAGUUAUUUUAUUAUUACGUUUGUUAACGUUGUUUUUUCUCUAUAAAUUUUGGCGUGUACUUAAAUAAGUGUUUAGCGUGAACUUCUAGCCGAAAGAUUAUUAGAAUUCGCCAGAUAAUUUAAGAUUUUGAAUUAUGGGCGAUUAACGAGCACUAUCGCAGCGUCACGUUCCCAGAAUGGCCACCCACAGUCAAAACCCCGAAGAAGGUCGCCCGCCGGACACGCCGACGACCAAUCGGAGACACGCCCACCGGAAGUUGUCGAUUACGUCAUCGGUUAAAAACCAAAACAUAUCCCCUUAUCGCGGCACCACUUUCCCGCAGAAAACGUUCGUCGAUAGCAAAAACAACGACAAUUUUUUCUUUAACGAACUGGUGGAGGACAACGCGCGGUACUUUCAAGACGCCAACAGGAACGUGCACGAAACCGUGUCGCUCAAAGUGCCUAACAACAAACUGAGAAACACUUUGCCGAAGUUGCUUUGUUUAAAGAAACCCCCCGAUCGAAACUCGCUGAAAACUUUAAACGUAAUGUCGUUGGAAACUUUGAAUUUAAACAAGAAUUGCUGCAAAAGUGCCUCUAAAACGUUCCCGGAUAAUCAAGUAGGCGACUUAACCAUGACGCGUGGAAAUAUCGACCACGACGCGAGAAAUUUUGACGGCAUUGUCGAUAAAAAAGGUACAGACCAUUCGGUCGUGGACAAAGACGUCGCAAUCACGGACAGUAAUGACAACGGGUCGUCGUCGAGGAGUAGCCAAGAAGACGAUUACACCAAUUUUGGAACGGAUAAGGUGAAGAAUAGGAACAGUUUUCAUCAGAAUGUGGAAGAGGCAUUAAAUUCGCUUCUUUGGCAACCGUACGAAUAUCAGAACAAUAACAAAGGUUUCGAUGAGGAAUCCUUAUAUAGCGGUUCCUGCACACCGACGUCUUCGUGCAGCACAGGCGACCUUGAUGAUCCGAUCGACACCACAAAGAAACCAUCUUCCCUUCCCCUGACUGGGUGCACUUACGGCCACGACAACAUAACGCAAGACCUACAUUCAAAUGUUAUUAACCUGAACGGCGACCAAUCGGUGUACGCCUUUGUCCCACGUGACUCUCUCUCAAACUAUUCUCUUGCUACGUUUACUCAGUCCGUCAGUCGGAGCUUAACACCAAAAGCGUGCGCGUCGUUAAAGCUUUCAGUAUCGAGUGAGUGUGCCUGUGAUGUAAAUAAAGCGGAUAAAUCCUCGGCUAGUGAUAUUAUGAACAGUGUCAAUGUAAAUACACAAAAUAAUGUGCAAAGUACUAUUCCAUCGGGCCAGGUCACGGAAAAUGGGAUAAGUUUGUAUCAAAACAAUGUAGAUUCUUCGUUAAACUCCGCGAACAUCGUGGGAUUGCCGUCGAAUCACACCCGCUACGCUUCUGUACCGAGCAGUACUUUUCAAAAUGCUAGUAGGUCGCAGAGUGCGAUUUUCCCGCAACACGUUCGAAACGUUUCCGAACCUGCGAACCAUUUCGCGAGGUACCAACAUAAUACGUACGUCGCACAAGGAAAUGUAGUACCUACGCAACACAGGCACGGCUCUACGCAGGUGGAACACAACAACCAACAGGUUGUUAAUCACUUUCGGAGCAGCAGCGUGCCAAAGUCUAUGCCACUGGUAUCUAAAGCCGAUGCAACCGGCGUCUCUACUAAUGGUACUGCCCUAAGAAUUAACAGACCUACAGUAAACAAUAGUACGGGACACGCGUCUAACGCCAUUGCUUCUAAUCCACGCCUAUCUAAACCACCUAUAUCUGUACAGAGUAAUAUUAGCAACGUUAACGUAAACUUCUAUAGAGCAGUACCUGUCAAUGUAGUCUCCACCGUACCUACCAUACAUUGUUUGAAUACCUUAAGUAACGACCAAGGUAACAGCGUGUCAAACGUGCAAGUUCUCCCUCUCGGCAGCAACUUCCAAAGUCCAAAUCAUCAUUCCGCGGUUACGUCCGCGGCUAGCGGUACCAACGUAGGAGGUUCUUCUCACGUUACCGUACGCAACACCAACUCCAUUCACAUACCGUCGGGCGGAUUUCAUAUCAGCAGGAACUCGGCAUUCACUCAACAACAGAACGUCAAUUUAGGUACUGAGUUAUCUACUCCAACAUCCAACGGUUGCUGCCCAGCGAUAAGCGUAAAUUCCUCGAACAAUGGCGUAGUUGUUCAAAAUUUACGAUCUGUAUCGUCGGUGGAAUCUCAAUCCUACCAAAGUGGCCGACUUAUAACUACGACCGCUCAGAUAAAUAACAAUGCCGUAUCUAUGGAUUCGCAUCCGGUAGUUUCCAACGUUCUCCAACAGUACGCUACCGUUCCUAUAUCGGUCGGGCAACAGUCUUUUACCAAUGCUGGUACGCAACAUGUCGCGGGUAACCAAUAUUACGUUUCCGGUACCACCUCUCAGCAAAGCGGGGGAGCAAACAUAACCCGGAUGAGAACUUUCACAAGUACCGAGGCCCAAACCGAUGAAAUCGUACCGGUUCCUCAACAACAAAACAACGACCAAAACCAGUCCCACAGAGAACAGAGGCGGAGAGAGCGAAGGGAGCGCAGGCAAAACCGCCGAAGCAAUCCUCCGAAUAGACCAACGCGCGACGAAAAUACCCAAGCCGGUAGUACCGUGCAACAUAACGAAAGAUUACCCGAUCUCUUAGACAGUCACCUUCCUCCUCCGUAUUCCGCUGUCAGCAAUUCGAACAACGGAAAUUUGGUACCGCCGCCGUCUAUGAUACAGCCUCAGAUAGUUCCGCCUCCCAUAGUACCCGGUCCGAUACUGCCUCCCCAUCACGGCCCGGUACUGCAGACCAUCGUACCAAACGCGGUUCCCGCUAGUGCUUUUGUGUUUCCCGCUCCGCAGCAGGUGGUUCCGGGUCAGGUACCGUUAGUUCAGGGUGCGCAGCCCGUGCCGGUAGCGGUACCAGCUCCAGCUAGUGGAUUUAGGUUUCCAUUUCCAGCGAACGGAUUUCGAAGGACUAGAUUUUCCGAAGACUCACCCAAAGGCUGCUGUGGGAUCCUGUCAUGGAAGCCGGGCUCCCUGCGAUGGUUCAUAGCGCUGAUAGCAUUAGUCGCAGUAUGUUGCGUGUUGGUUGGGACCGCUCUAGGUGCAAUGAGACCCGCCGGACGAGAUCAUUUGACAGUUUCGCUACUUAUGAUUGGGGUCGGAAUAGUCCUGAUUACAGUCAGUGGAGUGGCUUGGCGACUUACCUCCCACGAUUCAUCGACCUGCAGGUCGAUGUUGGGACUGGGAUCCACCGAAUCCGUAGACGUCUGCACCAGACGUUUCGUUCCCAGACUACCUCCAUCGUAUGGCCGACCUCAUCAUCCCUACGCCGCUAUGAUGUAUCCGGAAUUUCAAUACAGCGCUGAUGUUUUUAGGCCUCCCCCGCCGAGCUAUCAGGCCUCCAUGCAGGAGUAUAGAUUGAGGUUGUUACUUUUGGAUAGAGGAAAUACUCCUCAAAUUCAAGCGGGUAUACAAAACGCCGUUUCUCCGCCUCCAACAUACAGAAGUCACGCAGGAAGUCUACUGAGAGCCCCUCUGUCGAGCAGACGUGACGCAACCCAAUCGGAGUACAGCUGUCCGCCGUCUUAUCGAUCCCAGAACAGCUCGAAUCGACCCGGUACGCUGCAAGGCUCCAUCCUGCACUCUCGAGAGCACUCGUUGAGUGUUUCUGAUUCUAACCACGGCGAAUCAGUAGUCAACGUAGUGAAUAUCCUAGGUAGCGCGGAAGAAGACAUUGCUCUCGACAAUAUAACGCUGGAUUCGUUGAAAAUGGAGCCGGAAACGGACUUGAAUCCACUAAAAAUGUUACUCAAAGGAAGCCAAAGCGAUUUAGAAGGUUCGAAGGACGGUAAUUUAGUAACUAUCGUUCAAACUAGUGAUCAAAACCCGGUGAUAGUGACCGUUAGCGGUUGUUCCCAAGAUAAUAAUUCUAGCGUGCAGAUUACGGAAAUACCAUCCGAAAUGGAGAUUCUGGCGCACUUAUAGUUUUUGUUUUAGUGUUUCUGGAGGUAAACAUGGAUUUUGUAAAAUCGCGCACGAUCGUUAGUGAUAGAUAGUACAAAACUUAUUCAUUUCAGAAUAAAAGUUGUCGCUAUAUUUACAUGAAAAAGUUUCAGAAAUGCACUAGGUUUUUAAAUUUUGAAAUGUAGACAGAUUUUUUUUGUAAACUAACGAACAUGAAAAUUUCUACUCGGCCUAAUUGCCUAGAUUUCCUUGUGGAAUAGAAGUUAAUAUGAAAUACUCAAAAUUUGUUUGAUACUAAUACGUUAUGAACAAAACAAAACGGUAUUGAGCCUUGUCUAUAUGACGGGCAAUGUAUAAAUUAAAAGUGUUCACCCUGUAUAGUGUCAAUACGUUGUACAUUUGCGAUAUGUGCCUAUAUUUGUAGAUAGUCCCUAUAAAUAAUUAACCAGACAUCCGCUGUAUUAUAUAUUUGAGAAUGUAUAAAUAAAAUUUUUAA